AUGGGUUCAAGUCAAAAGAGGAAGAAGGAGAAGCAGAAAGAUUUCCAGAAACCAAAGCUCAAAGUUGGUAAGGCAAAGGCUAAGCCUGCAAACUUCACAGAUACGAGUUUUAAAUCGAAAGCAAUUGUGCUUAAUCAACAAUCACUCUCCACCAAUGCACCAACAACCUCUUCGCAAUUCUCGCACCAUCUAUCUCUCCUAUCAAGCAAAUCCGACACACAGCGCAAAGAGUCGCUCGCGCAUCUCACAACAUCGGUGUCAUCUCGCCCCGUGGAUUCGCCCUUGCCACAGCCUGUGAGCGUGAUGAUACCAAAACUAGUGCCCUUACUUCUGGACGUCAGUAAUAGCGUACGAGCACAGCUUCUGAAGUUUCUCAAAACCCUGCCGACAGCUGAUAUUGAGGCCCACGCUGCCCAGUUGCUGCCAUAUAUUCGAGCGGGAAUGACACAUUUAGCAGCAGAUAUCCGCUCAUCGGCAGUUGAAGUUCUCGGAUGGUUGGUGGAGACGGCGGGAGGAGAAGUCGUGUCUUGCCCUGGAGGUUGGAUCAAGACUUUGAAUUGUUUCCUGUCUCUCCUCGGAUGGCAUACAGAAGAGUCGGCGAAGUGGUCUUCUAAUCGAAGUUCAUUUGGUAAAGCUGGUAGCGAAGGCCGGCCUAUGGUCAAAGCCCUUCAUGCCCUUGCUGAAUUUCUUCGCGCUGGAAUUAGUAGCGUGGAAACGACUGCACAAGGUCAGUCUGUGGCAGGAGCAAUUGCAGACCGUGGUGCGGGAGUGGAUUUCUUCCCAAUUGACCCUUCUGUUCAGCAAAACAUGAUCCCAGAUCGAUCCGCGCCUUACGCUUAUCUAAAUCUCUUUGGCCAACCUCGUGACGCAGAGGGCGAAAUGUACGAAAGUCGCGAAGAUAGGCUACGAGUUUUUGGUGACAUGUUUCGCAAAGCUAUUGAGCGUGGUGCGGACAAUGCUCGUAAGGAAGGGGGCGAAGUUGGACGUGCUUCAGCGGCAGUAUUCAAGGUGCUUCGAGAGACGAGAUCGGAGAGCUGA